AUGGCCAUAACAAAUGACGACAAAUCCAUUGUUGCACAUGCCUUUGUUGACAAUCAACUUGUGGCUGGUGGCUGCAACAGAGCAACACAGGAGAACUUGACAAUCGUCCGUUCCUCCACAGAGUCUGAUAAUAACUUGCAUGAGACAUUGCCGUCGCCUUUGCUGGCAAGCACAUCUCAGUUCGCAGCUCCCGCCAAUUCACGGGAUUUGACUGUUUCUCAAACAAUGGGAUCAAACAUUUCAUAUGCUGAAUGGACUGAACACCAACCCCUAGACGGGAUCGACCCAGAGUUCAUCUGUGAUACUCCAAUCCAAGUGCAUCGCUCUGAGACCGCUCAUCAGGCUGAGGAGCGUCGGGCACGAUGGGGCGUGAUCGAGAAUCUUAUCAACAAUGAUGAUACUGCGAUGGCACAGAUGUUGUCGUCCAGGUGCCCAUUUGAUAUGUUCCCGGUUGGCGAUUUUUACAUUCGAUAUGUACGAGUGGCGUGGCUGUGCGGUCUUGACGCCAUGACUGAGGCAAGGUCACGACUGAAUAGCAAACUCCUGAAUCAUGGAAGAUAUCUGGAAGAGGUUAACGAGGCUAUUGCGUUAGACCCACAAAUUUCACCUGGCGAUGCUCGUUAUAAUCUGCGUGUUUACAACAUCAACGAACGAGCAAGAGUGCUUAGCGCUCUUGAUGAACAUGAUAUGCUCAUGCAAUAUGCAGAGGCAAUUGACAUGGACAAUAUCAAUAACUCAGGAGGAAUUGUCGUUGAUCCAGAAUAUCAGAGCCCCACCCAUAUUGAAGAGCAAUUAGAAAGAAUGAUUGCUGGUGGUUCAUAUGUUAAUCUGUCAACUGAUGGUGCCAACGACUUUGAGCGUGCGAACACCAAUCGUGGGGUCGAUAUUAUUGACCCGGACACUGGCUAUCCCAUCGAAUUCCAGAGGCAAUCGUUUACGACAGCAAACAAUAGCAGUAGCAAUGGAACAGGCUGCACAAACGAGAACAAUUCAGACUUCAAUAACUUGCAGGUUGAUGGAAGUUCAGACCUGCCCAUUCGUGAUCAUGAAAAUGAGAACACAAGCGGAAGAGCAUCACUCUUCAAUGAGAUUCAGGUUGAGGGAAGGUCGGAGUUGUGGGUUCAUGAUGGGAAUGAGACAAGCGGCAAUAUGCUUACGGGAAGCAAUGACCCGUCCUUUGACGCUGACAGCCGAUUGGGCAAUCAAAUUCCUCCAGGACUGGGUUCUGGAGUAGGAACCGAUGAAAUCAUAUCAUGGAUUUCCCAGGAGACAUGGACAGAGCGUCGUCCGAGAAACGGAAGGCGCAUCAGCAAUACUGUGCCUCGGAACUUCGGCCGCAACAACAUCUUCAACUACAGAUUGCCAUUACAUUCCAUUACUGAAAUCAAUCAUGAUGAAGAUGCCAUAGAGUUGGCUAGCACUAACGCAGAUAACGGGAGUCCCACACCAAGCCUCAUGUUCAGCCCUAAUGCAGACGAAAUGAACCAUACAACCGAAGAUACACUGACUCAGAAUGAACCCCGCGACACAUCAGCUUCGACCGGCUCAGAAGACGGGCAACAGAUGAUAAGAGAUUCCAACUCCGAGCCUGGAUUGACUGACUCAACAACUUCCCUUGAGCAACAGCGCAGAAGCGCUGGGGUGCUGGAGAACUUUUUUGAUCUGUUUGUCCUGGACGUGCAGGGUGAUUGGGAGGCGGAAGGACCUUCCCGAUCACCGGAACAACCAGAGGAUGGCAUGAACCGCAGCCUAAGUGGGAGCAUCACCCUGACAAUGAACGGCGUUGAUUACACAGACGACAUGUUGGAUACACCCCUACUGCUUCGAAAUAGUCCAUUCGGUAGACAUAGCCCAUUUGGUAUGAACUCAUUGUCCCGGAAUAGCCCGAGCAGGGUAAUCUCGAGGUCUGGCGACCGCCGUAGGUACGAUAUACCUGUUGGUGGUCUCAGCAGCGUUGGGUCUCGUAUGAUUGCAUCGAGUCUGAAUGCCCGCCGAAGACAUGAUGCACGUGAAAAUGUCCGAAACGCCCGUCACUCGCUCAUCAGUUCAAGAUUAAUUGACGACUUGAGAGAUGAAGUACCCGUAACCACUGUUCUCGGGUUUGACGAGCCAGACAGCCAGCGAAACACCAAUUACACGCCUGUGUAUCCACAGUUGAUCAAUGCCAAUCUCAGACAUACUGCGCCCGCUAUUGUGAACACCAGCCGAAUCAAUGCUCAUGCUCACCGUUAA